GCUGAGAAACCCUAAGAGAGUAAGAGUUCCUUGUGCUCUAAGCAUGGGCUGCGAUGGUAUCAGCGAGCUGCCGGAUUCUUUGCUAGCUCAUAUACUCUCGUACCUUCCGACCAAAGAUGUCGUUAAGACAAGUGUUUUGUCCAAGAGUUGGAGAUUUAUCUGGCUAGAGGUCACUUCCGAGCUGGACUUAAACGCCGCUGACUUCCUUCGUUAUGAAGACGACUCCUCCUUGGUGAGUCUACUGAACAACAGAUCGUUCCUACGAAAGUUCAAGAUUAAGUACGACUCCUCCGUAAGAACUAAAAGAAAGCGCGGGGAAUCGAGAAAGGUUAACAAGAGUGGCAAAAGAGUCAUGGAGUGGAUAGCCGAAGCGGUUCAUCGCGGAGUUAAACACCUAGACGUGGAAGACAAGGCAUCUAGAAUUGGUUUUGUUUUUAUGCCUAAGUAUCUCUACGUGAGCAAGACGUUGGUGUCUCUGAGUCUCGUGAACGUAGGGCUGGAGAGUCCCAAGUUCGAAGUUUCUCUGCCUUGUCUCGACAGCAUUCGUUUAGACGACGUUUAUUACAUGGGAGAUGACGGUCUUUCGAUUAUGGAGAGGCUCAUCUCGGGGUCUCCUGUGUUGAAAAACCUUGCAACGGACGUUUCUGUUUUAAAGAAGAAUGCACAGAAGAAAACCGUCUUCAGAGGGGCGCCUUGGUGUUUGGAGUAUGUCAAGAUCAACGAACUGACGAUGAAGGAGGAGCACUGUGGGAUUAAACUAGUAAAUUUCGUUGUUAAGAAAUUCGAGGUGAUAGAUUCUCGCCAAGCCAGUCGAUCAUCAAAGGAAUCUGGGAUCGAACUAGUGAAUUACUUUCUUGAGAAUUCGGCAGCACUCAAGAGAAUGACAUUGAGUUUCAGGGAUUAUGAUAUGACCAGUGAAAAGGGAGAGAGCUACAAGAAUCUUCUUACAUCUAAAAAGCUUUCUCCCAUGUGUCAGAUCCUUUUGUCUGUUUCACAAUGAGGAUUGUUUUGUCAUUGAAAGUUAGGGUAGGAGUUCAUAUGUAACCUCAUGACAAGUGAAGUUAGGCUUUAUCUUUUGAUAGAUAAAAAGGCUU